AUGCUAGUAGAGAAGACAGCAAAAGAUAACCUUGUGCAGCUAGUGCCUCUCAAGCUGCUCGUGGCCAAGCCCUUAACCAUCAAAGCCAUGACAGUUAUCUCAGUUAUCAGGCUCCAUAUAAACCCUGAAAUAAUCGCAUUAAAUGAGCGAAUUAGUUCUUUGACUUUGAAAAUAAAUAAUCGGCCUGAUUUAAACACAUCUUUUGUCAGGGACCGGAUCUCUCUUUACGGAAAGAAGACGAAGAUUCUGCAGAAGCGAACAUCUCAGUUUGUCCAACAAUGGUGGAAUGCAUCCUACGACGAGUAUUUAUCUGGAACUGAGUUCAAAGAAAAGGAUACCACGCCUCUCUUUAAUAUCUAG